CACAAAAGCGCCACAAAUGAGCCAGCGAUCUUUGAUUUUCGGUCAGCACUUGUUCGCAUCCCCCGUAAGAGAUUUCGGUGGACAUCCCGCUGGGCGCAUUAACAAAGUCCCAGACAAAAACAGCACCCAGAUGGAUCCGAUCCCAUCCGAUCCUCGCCAGCCAGUCAGCCAGCCUACCAGCCAGUGUAGGCCCAGAAAACGUUUCAAUUUGUAUGCCCCCAUGCGCAGGUCCUACUCCUCCUCGUUGGUGUUGUUUGGGUAUCAAAUUGCAGGCAUUUGUCAACGGAGCGGGACACUGCGCACCCAGUCACCUAUAAAUUAGAGACUCGUUAGAGAUAGCUUAGUCCGGUGCCCAGAUUUGGAGCGCAGAGUAUCCUGUCUCUGCUCCCGCUGAUAAGAAGGUCCGAUCCCACAAUUGGCUCAUAACUAAUUGGUGUCACUUGGAUGGCGAUAAGGCCUGGGGAACUGUGAGAAAUGCCGGGCGAUAAUCUAUUCUGAAUUUAUGGUCGCUGAUUGGGGCGUGAAAUUGGAAACGAGGAUAAUGUGAGGUACAAAUUUCAAGUAAUACAUUUAAUAUAAACAUAAAAAGAAGGUUUAAACAAAAUGUAUUACAAAUGUAUUAACAAGUUUUAAAUUUAUUUGUGCUGAUUUGCUAUUAAUACCAAUUAAAGUAACCAAUCGAAAGUAUCAAAGUUUGACAAGUAAAAUAAGUUGUAAUAUAGAAUAACAUUCUUGAAUAAGUGUAACAUGGAUCUGGAGAAGAAUCUGCUGAGAGUAAUGGCGGACAGCAUGUUGAACGAUGUCAUAACCACCAGAGCGUACGAAUGGGUUUUCAAGCGAUACGAAAGGCUUUUUAAGGAUAAGAUAGUCAUGGACGUGGGUUGUCGCAGUGGAUUGCUCAGUCUGAUGAGCGUGGAAGCGGGUGCCGUCAAAGUCAUGGCGCUGGGCAAUAUGGAAAGUGCGGAAUUUGUGAAGAAUGCUUUUAGUAACAACGAGAAGGAGGAUAUCUUCGAGUUUGUCGAGGGUGAUAUCCACGAGAUAGUCCUGCCCUGCGGCCUGAAGAAGGUGGAUAUAAUAGUGUCCGAGUGGAUGGGCCACUCUAUUUUUGUGGAAUCGCUCUUUAAGGAGGUCAUCUAUGCCAGGGAAAAGUGGCUGGUCAAAGGCGGUCUCAUCAUACCCAAUGUGGCCCAUCUAUUUGUCUGCGGAAUCGCAGAGCAUCCGCGAGAGACCAUCGAAGUGAAUAUCCUUCCGCAGACGGACUAUCCUGGUCGAAGCUAUAUGGUCAGAGAGCCCGUAUCCCUGAUAGAGGAUUACGUGGCCAAGGAGCAGAUGGUAACUGAAAAGUUCCUUCUGAAAACCAUCGAUCUCCGCACUGCCCAAAUAGACGAUGAGAGCUUCAGGGUUCCAUUUAAGCUACGUGGCUUGACGGACAGUCCACUUGGAGCCGUGGUUCUCUACUCAGAUAUUGGAUUCUGCCGGCCGAAGGGAAAGUUUAGACUCUUAUUUUCCACAGGUCCCAAGCGACCUCGCACCUAUUUGAGGCAAACUAUAUUGUUUAUGGACGAUCCCGUCGUGGUGGCCAAGCGGGAGCUGGUAAUCGGAGACCUUGGGAUGUACUACAAGCCCGAUGAGCAUCGCGAAGUGGAGUACUCCUUCUCGCUCGCCAGCUCCAAAGUCGCCAAUUCAGGAUCUGAGGAGUAGGUGGAGCACGAGGAUGUUUCGGGUACAGAUAGCGACCAAGCGAGUGACGUGGAUUUGAGCGAAAUAAAAGGGGCCUAUUCUUGUUGA